GGUGGCCUAGGCUAGAGCGGCCCCCAUCUCCGGGAGGGCUUCUUCCGGCGCGCGCCGAGAGGCAUUUCCGGUCCGGGCUGGACUGAGGCGGGUAGGGGAGGUCCGUUGACUCCGGGCGGAGGGCGGGAGCCCGAGACCCGUGACAGAAAAUCAAAUACACAAGAUUGCAGAGGAAGCCAAAUGUAGGCCCGUACCCUCAUCUUCGUGGGGGAUUCCAGGCUACUUUGGGGAGCAGUGGCUCGGUCGUACUUGGGGAGAAGAUGGUGUCUGUGACUAUGGCUACGUCAGAAUGGAUCCAGUUCUUCAAGGAAGCUGGGAUCCCCCCGGGGCCUGCUGUCAAUUAUGCUGUGAUGUUUGUAGAUAACAGGAUCCAGAAGAACAUGCUGCUAGACCUGAAUAAGGAGAUCAUGAAUGAGCUCGGGGUGACUGUGGUGGGCGACAUCAUUGCCAUCCUCAAACACGCCAAGGUGGUGCACCGCCAGGAUGUGUGCAGAGCAGCUGCCGAGUCCUUAGCACCCAGCCCCAGCCAUCUGCAGGCAGAGCUUCGGCGCAGUGCCGCCGGCGCCGCCUCUCGGAUGAUCGCCAACAGCCUGAGUCGGGACUCCCCACCCAGCACCCCUGCCCGGCGUCCAGACGCCAGCGCCUCCAAGAUCUCCGUCACUGUCUCCAACAAGAUGGCCACUAAGCACGCCAAAGCAGCUGCACUGGACCAGCUUGAAGAGGAGAAUUCAGCUGUGCCCGUGAAGCGGAGGCGCCGAGUGACCGCCGAGAUGGAAGGGAAGUACGUCAUCACCAUGCCCAAGGGGACCACGCCUCGGACACGGAAGAUCCUGGAGCAGCAGCAGGCAGCCAAAGGUGUCCAAAGGACAUCGGUCUUUGACCGGCUUGGAGCUGAGACUAAGGCUGACACAACAACUGGGAAUAAGCCCACAGGUGUCUUCAGCCGGCUGGGCGAUGCCCUGGAAACAGAUGAGGAGCGGGCAGGAGACAGUGAUGAUGACAGCUCCGUCCUGCAAUACGCGGGGGUCCUCAAAAGGAUGGGCACGUCCUUUGCCAAGGACAGCAGCCCCCUGGGGGUGACCAUCAAGGCCAAAGCCACCAGCUCAGCAUCCAAGCCAGUCCCAGCCACUCUGGGGCGCUCAGGGGGCAGUCAGGGCCCCUCUGCUGAGAGAAAGCCAGACCCACCGCCCAAAGGCAGCGUCAUCCAGAGACUUGGCAAAGCUACUCUUCCAACAGAGGCUCAGGACAGCCAGGUCACCAGCACAAAGAGUAAGUCUCCAGCUGAGUUCAAGGUUACCAUAAAGAGGACCUUGGCAGGCUCGAGGGUGAGCAGCUCCAGCGAGGGUCAUAGCGCACAGAUGGACAACACAGGCACUAUUAGUGUGUUUAAAAGACUGGGGCGGAAGAGCGACUAACACUGCUGCUAGGGCUUGGAGAGCCGUGUCGGAGCCCCUCUGUACUGUAUCUGCCUUAACUCACACACCCUGCCUGCCCCACCUGGUCUGGCCUGGCCCCUUCCUUGGCCCACUGCUCUCUUUCCUCUGGGGCCUUUGGUUGCUUGUGUCCACUUCCACUGCCUUAGAUGCUCUUUUAGCUCCCCUUGUCCAAAUUGUAGCAAGUCCUCUCUGGCCAGUGAAGCGUGGUGGAAGUGGGGAACAUCAAGGAGAGAGAUCCCUGUUCAGGCCAGAAAUCUGACACUGUCCAGGGUUGUGUCUGCCACUGGGGAUGUGUGUGAUGGGAGGCAGAGAUGACAACUGGUCAGCCCUUGGGGGAACCAGUGGUGUUGAGUUCUGGAUAAAGGACUUGGGAAAUUCAGUGCUUCCUCUGCAGGACCCUUGGCUGCCCCCUUUUCUGAUUUUCUCCCUGUGUCAUUUUCCCCCCUUUCUGCUGUUCUUGGGGCUCCUUCCAGGGAAGGAGAUGCCCCUUCCCCACUGGCUUUUCUGUGGCCCCCAGGUAAAUAUGAGAGUGCCCUAUGCACCAGAUGGACAGGCCUUUCCUCUCAGCCCCUCUUCUCCAACAUAGCACCUGAACGGACCCUGUUCUGAGACCAACUCUGGAGUCCCUGGCAGAGAUCUGCCAACCCGGGCCCCCCAUCUCCUCAUCCUGCCCCACAGCCAGUCCAAAGGGCCAGGAGGGAAGGCCUCUUGCUUUCCCAAAUGUCUCCCUUCCUCCCCCUCUACUGCUUGCUCUAGGUUAUUGCCUUUAGUAGUUUUCCUCCUUCACACUCUUCCUUUCUCUUCUAUUUUCUGUCUUGGUGGGAAGGCCAGACUGCCCGCUGUCCUCUGCCCGAAGUGCGUCUAUCCUCGCCCUCCCUGCGCCCUCCCCGCCGCCCAUGGCGCCGAGCUGUUAGGAACUCUUAGGAGGCUGAGGCGCUGCCGGGGAGGUCUCUCCACCUUGGUGCUGGUGCCUGCUGGCCAGAGGAGCUUCACCUGGGCCUGUCUGCCUGCCGACAUGCGAUAAUCAGAGGCCACAGAGGGGAAAGGAACGGGUUUUUAUAGAUCUUUGUGGUUUUUCCCCUGCUACUUUGUUCUUGUGGGCAAGGAGAAGUGUUCUUCACUUUAGAUUUAGACUGAAAAUGAACCGCCUGGGGUGAGAUGGGGGGAAGGGGAGGCCCGGGAUUGGGGAAAACUGGGAUUUCUCUGAAGAUGACCCCUUCCACUGGGGAGCUGGAUUGUUUCUGGACUUGUUUCAGGACACGAGUGGAGGUGCUUGAUGUGGCCCCGGGUUAAUAAAGCUGGGGUCCCCUCUGACUUAGAAGCCCGUGAAACCAA